GGCAACCACCGCGCAGGAUCGCAUCCCCUCCUCACCUUCGCCGCCUCCCUCCCUCCCCCCUCCCCAACCCUGACACUCGUUCCAGCUGUGGGCGCAUCCCGUUCACCACCUCUCCCUCUUCUGCCCAAGCUGGCUGGCCUUGCGUCGGCGCUGUGUCCUUGCUUCUGGGUGCCCCCCCUCCCCUCCCCUCCCCUCCCUACUCCGCCCGGGCGUGCCUCACCCCCCUUCAUCGUCAGCCAAGGGGGUCCUCAGCCCCUUCCCCUUUCUAGAGCCUCCAAGAGAGACACGGUCUGAGAAGGGGGUCUGAGAAACAGACGCCGAAGGAGAAGGUGGUACAGCGGCGGCUGCUUGGAACGCCGUGGUGCUGAAACGGACAGCUCCUUGUCACCGGCAAUGCGUUGACUCGCCUUGGGCUGCCCCCUUCCUCUCUCGCAUCCAGAAGUCGUGGGAAGGGGAAUAUCUCAGGACUUCCUACUGCCCUCUUUCUCCCACCCCCAUUCCCCAGCUGUCCCCCUUCCUCCUCCUCAGCCCUUCCUUCCACCAUCCACGGGCAGGGACUGCUUGCCUCGGAUGCUGCCGCAGCUUCCCAAAGCUGCCAUGCCUUGACAUCCUUCUUGACCCAGCAGCUUCCAUGGCGGUUGCCAGGAAAAUCAAAACUUUAUUGACGGUGAACAUUUUGGUUUUCGUGGGCAUCAUCCUUUUCUCGGUCUACUGCAGGAUCCAGGACCGCUCCCAGGAGCUGGUGCAAAUCGUCCGGAACGCCGACCGACGGAUGAGGGGACGGAAUGCCAAAGUGGGAGCUGUGCUGGACAGGGAAGCCAUCCUGCAACGGUUGGAUCAUCUGGAGGAAGUGGUGUACAACCAACUCAAUGGUCUAGCCAAGCCAAUGGGAUUAGUUGAAGGCCCAGGAGGCUUGGGCCAAGGAGGAAUGGCUGCCACCCUGAGAGACGACAGCCAUGAAUCUGAAACAAAAUAUGAAGAAUAUGGUUACAACGCACAACUGAGCGAUCGGAUUUCAUUGGACAGAUCUAUUCCAGACUACAGACCCAAAAAGUGCAAACAGAUGUCCUAUCCCGAGGACCUCCCCCAAAUCUCGGUGGUCUUUAUUUUUGUAAACGAAGCCUUGUCGGUCAUCCUACGCUCAGUUCACAGCGUGGUGAAUCACACGCCGUCCCACUUGCUCAAGGAAGUCAUUCUGGUGGACGACAACAGCGACAACGUUGAGCUGAAGUUUAAUUUGGACCAAUAUGUCCACAAACGAUACCCAGGUUUGGUGAAAAUAGUUCGCAAUAAUAAACGAGAGGGGUUGAUCCGAGCAAGAAUCCAAGGAUGGAAAGCUUCAACGUCUCCAAUUGUUGGUUUUUUCGAUGCUCACGUUGAAUUCAACACCGGCUGGGUGGAGCCAGCCCUGACUCGGAUUAAAGAGGACCGCAAACGGAUUGUUUUACCUGCUAUAGACAACAUCAAGUACAAUACUUUCGAAGUGCAACAGUAUGCCAAUGCUGCCCACGGCUACAAUUGGGGUCUUUGGUGCAUGUACAUCAUCCCACCGCAGGACUGGCUGGACAGAGGAGAUGAGUCUGCACCUAUCAGGACACCAGCCAUGAUUGGGUGUUCGUUUGUGGUGGAUAGAGAGUACUUCGGAGAGAUUGGCCUGCUUGAUCCUGGCAUGGAGGUUUACGGAGGAGAAAACAUUGAACUCGGUAUGAGGGUCUGGCAGUGUGGCGGGAGCAUGGAAGUCCUGCCUUGUUCCCGGGUGGCUCAUAUUGAACGCACCAAGAAACCUUACAACAACGACAUUGACUAUUACGCAAAGCGCAAUGCCCUACGUGCUGCUGAAGUGUGGAUGGACGACUUCAAAUCCCACGUGUACAUGGCAUGGAACAUACCAAUGACGAACCCUGGCGUUGACUUUGGAGAUGUGUCAGAAAGGGUUGCUUUACGGCAACGUCUGCAGUGCCGGAGUUUUAAGUGGUACUUGGAGAACGUCUAUCCUGAAAUGAGGGUUUACAACAACACCAUCACCUACGGAGAGGUACGCAACAGCAAAGCUAGUGGCUACUGCUUGGACCAGGGUGCAGAAGAUGACAAUAAAGCAAUCCUCUAUCCAUGCCACGGAAUGUCUUCCCAGCUCGUCCGUUACAGCACCGAAGGAUUGUUGCAAUUGGGCCCGUUGGGAUCCACAGCGUUCCUACCCGACUCAAAAUGUCUCAUAGAUGAUGGGAAAGGAAGGACCCCAGCACUGAAGAAAUGCGAAGAUACGCUGAGACCAACCCAGCGACUCUGGGACUUCACACAGAACGGACCCAUCAUCAACCGAGAUACUGGACGGUGUCUAGAAGUAGAAAUGUCAAAAGAUGCCAACUUUGGACUUAGAUUGGUAGUACAGAGAUGCUCGGGGCAAAAAUGGAUGAUCAGAAACUGGAUAAAACAUGGAAGGCAUUGAUUUCCAAAGCUUCAAAGGACAAGGACUUCUCUUCUCCAAAUCCCAUGUGCUUAAUCUCUCCAAUGGUCGUAGAUUAAGUAGGAUUCCGAUGAAGAAACCAUGAUGGCUCUAAGAAGGAGGCCAGAGUACAAUUUUGGGGGUGUUAUUCUUACUUUUUUUUUUUUUUAAGGAACAAUGUGGCCUUGUCGAUGUCGAAAAAGCUGACAUGUCAAGGAAAAGACUAAUCUAGGACUCGUUCCUUUUAUAGACUUAGUUGGGUUGACUCUAAAGGAGGUUCCAUCUAGUGAACCUUCUCACCUGCCUCAUGUCAAUCAGAAGUGACCGCCCCCCUCAACCGUUCCUUGUGUCAUUGGGCGACCAAGAAAGUUUUCUCGUGUUUCUUUCUGAUGGAUAAGAGAGAGAGAGAGAAUAGACAAUAGAAUCAAACUUUGCUUUGGGUCUCAUGGAAUUGCGGGUGGGAGAAAGAACAGGGAGGGUAGCCAUAUUGGGGAUGGAUUUGGUAGGAUGGAUGGAUCUCGUGCCUCGCUGAAGACGCUCCUGUUCCAGGCGGAUUUUGUAGCUUUAAAUUGCUGGCUGGCUGCACACAACCCUUUUGUGGUGAACAGACCCAUGUGCCUUGUCUACUUGUGCUUCCUAUCCUGGGGAACUGGGAAGUCACACACAACUUCAGCAUGUCUGAUGAACUCUUUCAAAAGCACCCCAAAAGGCAACAGCGAAUACCCUGUAAAUAAAUUACACUGCCCUUCCCCCACCCCACCCCACCCCACCCCACCCCCCACAAAAUACACGAUCUGUUUCCAGCAAGUUGACUUGGACGCCGGCUGAUCACAAGAGUGUCGCAAUUUCUUGGAACGGGAAGAUGGAUGUUGUGCGUUUCGGCCCUACCGUCACAUCAACCUGCAGAAGGGAUGCUGGGAGGCGAGAGGUGCUUUGAUUGGGGUGGGGUGGGGUGGAGGGGUCUAUCACACCUGCGAUGUUCAAACGGUUACCUGCAACCCCAGGUUUAAAGGGGCCACUUCUUAGGGACUUUCCAAACAUUUCUGUCAAAUUGUAAUUUUUUCCCCCCAAAUGGGUUGGAAUAAGGGGCAAUAUUCAAUGUCCUGGGGGAUUCAUCCCAUCGGCUGCAUUUCAUUCAUCUGGCAUUAAAUUUUAAUUGACCGUA